AAAUCGACGCGCAUAGACAUCCGUGGCUUUUAUGAUUUACACGAUGCAUUCUUGUGUGAUAACGCAUCCGUGACUAUCAGUCGUGCAUUUAUACUUCGUUGAUUUGAACUGCGUAAGGCACAAUCUGAAUCAUCGAAGCAGAACACACUCAGUGCGCGGUGAGUGUCGGUGUGUGAUAAAAUGUCUCUGUACAAAAUUCGUGUGGCCGAUCUAGAGAGCAUCUUGGAGCAGGAAGAAAUCGACCUUAAGGCGCUUAGGAGCUUUUGUUUCAAUGGCGUUCCGGACUGUAAUGGAUUCCGUGCCCUUGCCUGGAAACUACUUUUGGGUUAUCUCGGACCACGGAAAGGGAGCUGGCCUACAAAGUUAGCGAAACAGCGAGAAUUGUACAAACAGUUUGUUAAGGAAAUGGUUAUUUCCCCUGGAGAGCAGGACGGUCCCGAGUGUAUCGAUCAUCCGCUGAGUGACGGACCGGAAAGCAACUGGAGUACCUUUUUCAAAGACAACGAAGUGCUACUGCAGAUCGAUAAGGACGUGCGUCGUUUGUGUCCGGAUAUUUCCUUCUUCCAGCAGGCAACCGAAUUUCCGUGCGAGUUCGUUAACGAACGAGAGCGCAAGCUGCAUGUACGGGUCGCACCGACGACACUCAGCUCGGCAAAUGUCGAAAGAAAAGGCAUCGGUAUGACGAAGAUAAAUCUCAUCACAAAACGCGCCACAGAAAACUAUGAAGCAAUGGACGCCGGACAGGAGGCACACUGGGAGGUGGUAGAACGGGUACUGUUCCUGUACGCCAAGCUUAAUCCAGGCCAAGGCUAUGUGCAGGGCAUGAACGAAAUCAUCGGUCCCAUAUAUUACGUGUUCGCUUCCGAUCCGCACCUCGAGUAUCGCCGGUACGCCGAGGCGGACUGCUUCUUCUGCUUCACGGCGCUGAUGGGCGAAAUCAGGGAUUUUUUCAUCAAAACGCUCGACGAGUCCGAGGGCGGCAUCAAAGGGAUGAUGGCGAAACUGUCGAAUCUGCUGCACGAGCAGGACGUGGAGGUGUGGGAGAAACUGCGGGAUCAGGAACUCUACCCACAGUACUACAGCUUCCGCUGGCUGACGUUGCUGCUAUCGCAAGAAUUUCCACUACCGGACGUGCUGCGCAUCUGGGACUCGGUGUUUGCUGAUGACAAGCGGUACAAUUUUCUGAUCAAAAUUUGCUGCGCGAUGAUACUCCUACUUCGAGAUCAGAUUCUCGAAAACGACUUCGCGAACAACGUCAAGCUGCUCCAGAACUUUCCUCUCAUGGACAUUAAUCUCGUACUAAGGAAGGCGACGAGCCUUGAAUAACGGUUUCAACGCGUACACGAAUUACUUUUUGAUAAGAUUUUUUUACACAUACACUCAAAUCGCUCCAAUAAAAAUGGGCGAAUUUUCCGUAUUCACCACAA